AUGAAAGUAAGUGAAUAUCUUCACUUAUAUAAACACAAUAGAAAAAUGAGAGAUUUCUCAGAAUAUGCAAGUGUUCUCAGUCUUACAUCAAAGAGUAGAACCAAUAAUAUUACAUUUACUAAUAUCAAUUCAUAAUGUACAUUCCCUUAAUCUACUAAAAAUCGAUAAUAAUCUCCUAAUAAUUAUACUAGUCUAGCUGCUUAAAGAAAAAAAAACUCUGUUGAAAAAAGAAUAAAGACUUCUAAUGAAGAUGAUUGGGAAUCAUUUGCAGCAUAACAAAUUUCAUUUUUAGAAAAACAUGUCAAAAACCCAAUUGCAGUUGUAAAUUUCAAUAUUAAUGAUAAUGGCCACCAUACUCUAAACUAAAUCUACUUAUAUGAAGAUUCUAACAUAGAUUAAAUAAUAACCAAUAUUAGUAGAUAAUACAAAUUAUCUGAAAUCAAAAAAUCUGAAAUUCGUUAAUAAUUAUUAAGUUGCUUUUUUUGA